GAUUCGUUCGUUUUAAUGAACGAGAUUCAAAGAACCGAGUCAGUAAAACGAUCCGGUCUUCCCAUCCCUGGUUUGUAUUUUAUUUUGAAAGUGUGGUGUCCCGGAAGCUCUUUCUCGUCGCCGGGCUCGCGUCGGACUGACGCAGCUAGCGAGUACUGCUCGUCAUUUCUCAGGGUGAUUGACAUGUUUCCGGUCGUGGUGGUGCAAGGAGGGGCGGGUCACAUCCCGAAAGAGCGGUCGGAGAAUUCCAGGGCGGGGGUGUGCUCGGCGGCCCGAGCCGGGUACGCCGUCCUCCGGCGGGGAGGCAGCAGCAUGGACGCUGUGGUGGAGGCUGUGAGCCAGCUGGAGAACAACCCCUUCUUCAACGCAGGUUGCGGGUCGGUGCUGAAUAUCAGAGGAGAGGUGGAGAUGGACGCCAUCGUGAUGGACGGGAAAAGACUGGACAGUGGCGCCGUGUCUGCUGUACGCAACAUAGCCAACCCCAUCCAGCUAGCGAGGCUGGUCAUGGACAAGACGAGUCACACGUGUCUGACGGCAGAGGGGGCCAAUCGGUUCGCUCGGUCCAUGGGGGUGUCAGAGGUGCCCCCCGAGUCCCUCAUCACCGACUACUCCCGCAUGCGCUGGAAAGAGAACCUGGCACCCGGCGCCAACCCCGUGGACAGCCAAAUGGGGAAGAUGGGCACCGUCGGAGCCGUGGCUGUCGACGCCGAGGGUAACGUGGCCUGUGCGACCUCCACCGGUGGGAUGCUCAACAAGAUGGAGGGACGGGUGGGCGACACGCCCUGCAUAGGAAGCGGAGGCUUCGCUGACAACCAGGUGGGAGCCGUGUCGACCACAGGCCACGGAGAAUCUAUCGUGAAGGUCACUCUAGCCAGACUCAUCCUGUUCCACGUGGAGCAAGGUCAGUCGGUGGAGGCUGCCAGUGAUUUAGGCCUGGCCUACAUGAAGUCCAGGGUCGGUGGGCUGGGCGGGGUGGUGACCGUGGACCCUCAGGGCCACUGGGCGACUCGCUUCUCCACCCGGCAGAUGGCCUGGGCUGCAGCCCAGAAGGACACCCUGCACUACGGCCUGUACACCGGGGAGCACUUGACCCAGAGCCUCGGGGACCCCCUCUGACAAGAGAUGCCCACCCCUGUAUUCCUAGGACUCGACCAAUCCGGCUUAUUAGUGCUUUGGCUAAACAAUCCUCUUGGUGUUGGUUGAUAUAAGGGAGAAGAAACAUACAGACAGGCUUUACCGGUAAGGGCCCAUGAUGCAAUGAUAUCAGACACGAUGGCGUCCGGACCGAUCAGGGUUUUAUCAACACUCUAACUUACACAAGCACAAAAUGUCUAAAGAGCUUCAGUUACUUAAACCAGAACUGUCUACUCUUUAUCAAGAAUUGUCAAUAGAACUAAAGUGACUUUAUUGAAAACUGUCUAGACUAAAGUUAGUUUUAUUAGAACUGAAAGUAUUUUACUAUAAACUUGUUUUUUUAGUUUGUAUAGUUCAAUAGUUCAUCAGAAUUGUCCUACCUGGACCACUAAGUAUUGACACCGCCGUGUAUGAAAAUCGUAGCCCAGAUUCCUAUUAUCACUUAGGUUGUGAGGACAUUUGACAGAUGAUUUAAUAGAUAUUUUAUUUGUUUGUAAAAUAGAAAUGUAUGUUAAUGUUUAAUGAAAGUAAAUUGAUCAUCUAUAAAUGUAUCAGUUGUUUUUACACUAGAAAACAUUUUCAAAUUAAAUGAAAGAAAUGUUUGUAUUGCAAGUAUGAUUUUCAAAUGAACUUUUGACAAACUAUUUCCUUUACAACAAAA